GGUUCCUAGGGAUGCGCAUCCGGGUCACGCUAACGCCGCGGUUUCCGCCACUCUGUUGGUUCCAGAGUGGGUCUGAGGCGGUCCCAUGUCGCGCCGUGGGGCGUCUGCAGCCGUCUGUUUGUGAAGACUGCAGAGACCUGCAAUCCAGUCACUUAAGUGUGUAAAGAGAUUGUGGUCCUCAUGGAAGAAGAGCAAGACCUACCAGAGCAACCGGUGAAAAAACCCAAGAUGCAGGAACCAGGAGAACAAACUUUAAGUCAAGUAAACAACCCGGAUGUCAGUGAUCAGAAGCCUGAGACAUCCAGCCUUGCAUCAAAUCUUAGCAUGUCAGAAGAAAUUAUGACUUGUACGGAUUACAUCCCUCGUUCAUCCGGUGAUUAUACCUCACAAAUGUACUCUGCAAAACCUUAUGCACAUAUCCUCUCGGUUCCUGUGUCGGAAACCGCUUACCCUGGUCAGACUCAGUACCAGACACUACAGCAGUCUCAACCCUAUGCUGUCUACCCUCAGGCAACCCAAACAUACGGACUACCUCCUUUCGGUGCACUGUGGCCAGGUAUGAAACCUGAAAGUGGUUUAAUUCAGACUCCAUCUCCAAGUCAACACAGUGUUCUUACCUGCACUACAGGGUUAACCACAAGCCAGCCAAGCCCAGCACAUUAUUCUUAUCCCAUUCAAGCUUCAAGCACAAAUGCCAGCCUGAUAUCCACUUCAUCCGCAAUUGCCAAUAUUCCAGCAGCAGCUGUGGCCAGCGUCUCAAAUCAGGAUUAUCCUACCUAUACUAUUCUUGGACAGAAUCAGUACCAGGCCUGCUACCCUAGUUCCAGCUUUGGAGUUGCAGGCCAAACUAACAGUGAUGCUGAGAAUACCACAUUAGCGGCUACCACGUACCAGACAGAGAAGCCUAGUGCUGUAGUACCUGCGCCAGCCCCACAACGGCUUCCCUCUGCAGACUCAUCCACAAGCCCGUCUUUGUCCCAGAAUACACCAAAUAAAGAUGCUGAUGAUCAGUCCCGGAAAAACAUGACUGUCAAGAACCGCGGCAAGAGGAAAGCCGAUGCCGGCUCUUCCCAGGACAGCGAAUUAGAACGGGUAUUUCUCUGGGACUUGGAUGAAACCAUCAUCAUAUUUCAUUCCCUUCUUACUGGAUCCUAUGCUCAGAAGUAUGGAAAGGACCCAACAGUAGUAAUUGGCUCAGGUUUAACAAUGGAAGAAAUGAUUUUUGAAGUGGCUGAUACACAUCUGUUUUUCAAUGACUUGGAGGAGUGUGACCAGGUGCAUGUGGAAGAUGUGGCUUCUGAUGACAAUGGCCAGGAUCUGAGCAACUAUAGUUUCUCAACAGAUGGUUUCAGUGGUUCAGGAGGCAGUGGUAGCCAUGGUUCAUCUGUGGGCGUUCAGGGAGGCGUGGACUGGAUGAGGAAACUGGCCUUCCGAUACCGGAAAGUGAGAGAAAUCUACGAUAAGCAUAAAAGCAAUGUGGGUGGCCUCCUGAGCCCCCAGAGGAAGGAAGCUCUGCAGAGACUAAGAGCAGAGAUCGAAGUUCUCACGGAUUCCUGGUUAGGAACUGCGUUAAAGUCCUUGCUUCUCAUCCAGUCUCGAAAGAAUUGUGUGAAUGUUCUGAUCACGACCACCCAGCUGGUUCCGGCCCUGGCCAAGGUUCUCCUGUAUGGACUAGGAGAAAUAUUUCCUAUUGAAAACAUCUACAGUGCUACCAAAAUCGGCAAGGAGAGCUGCUUUGAGAGAAUUGUGUCGAGGUUUGGGAAAAAAGUCACAUAUGUAGUGAUUGGUGAUGGACGAGAUGAAGAAAUUGCAGCCAAGCAGCACAACAUGCCCUUCUGGAGGAUCACAAACCAUGGCGACCUGGUGUCCCUGCACCAGGCUUUAGAGCUUGACUUCCUCUAACUGGAAUGUGGAAC